CCUUUUCCCCAAUUCUCUACUCGGCCCCCCCUAGUUUUCUGGAAAUUCUGCGGCGGUUUUUCCUAGUGGUGGAAGGCUGCAACGGCAAAGCGACGAGAUGCUGUCCGUGCAGGAAGCCCUUGACCUUGACUUCGCUGCCGCGUCGUCCAGCUGCGGCGCGCGGGACAUGGGCAUGGACAUUAUCACGUGCGGGUUCACGCCGUGGGGGCCCGACUCGUGCCCUAGCCUGGACCAGGUGAUGGCGUCGAGGACUACGCCGCGGCCGGCGCGGGAAGAGGAGGCCGAUCACGAUCAGGCGGCGGACAAGGAGGACGAGCGGCGUCGGCGGCAGCGGCGCAAGGAGUCGAACCGGCUGUCGGCGCGGCGGUCGCGCGAGCGCAAGCAGCAGCGGCUGGAGGAGCUCCGCGGCACGGCGGCGCGGCUCCGCGCCGAGAAGCAGGCGCUGGAGGAGCGGCUGCGGGCCCUGGCGCGGAACGGCGUCGCGGUGUGCCGCCAGAACGCGCGGCUCCGCGCCGAGGCCGCCGCGCUCGCGCGCCGCCUCCGCGAGGCGCGCGGGCUCCUCGCGCUGCGCCGGACGAUCGUUGCAGGGCAAGCCCUUUCCCCGGUGAUGAUGAUGCCGCAGCCGCUGCCGCACCAGCAGCAGGCCGCCGGUGUCGCGCCGGCGGCGCCCCUGGGGCUCGCCUCGCUCAUGACGUAGGAGGAGCGCCGGCAUGGCACGGACUCCCCGGCCCGAUCUCGAUCCUUUUGCCUCUCAUCCGAUUCGGUCACGGGUACGGUGAGGUUUUGGCACGGACGGACGGGGCUGUCGCGGGCACGUUGUGGCGAACUAAGGUGAAAUGGUCUGGGGCGGGACACACACUACUAGUGCUCAGUGGCGAAUCUAGGUUGAACAACUAGAGGGCUCAUGUUAACUCUCUUCUUAUUUCUCUUAUUCUCUUCCUCUUCCU